UUGGCCGAUUGAUUGCGUCUUGAUGGCUUACAUAGCAUGUUGGCGCAUGCGCAACACCACCGUCACGAGAUCUUUCCUGUCCUGGCAAGACGGGCUCACGACGCUGGAACGCAAUCAUAUGGUUCGCAUAAAUGCAUGUUCUGCAAGCGUGGCUGCAGAAGUGAUUACGAAGAAAUGGGAAGAAGCCCAGUGGUUACGACGCUCACCUUGGGACCGUGGGUACGCGGGUUCGAAUUCCGCCUCGGCAAGAAUGUUGUCGACCGUACGCGCAAGAAGGGUAAAGACCGAGCGAGCUACCGUGGCGGCAUCAUGGCAGAGCUGGUGGAACGUGGCAAGAAGCGACAACGCGAGGAAGAAAAGGAGGAACAGGCGGCCGACGCGGCCACGGAGCGGGAACUGAAGCGUCGCCAGGACGCAAUGACGCUCGAGGAAAUCCGCGAGCAGGUGCAGGAGGCCGAGAAGAAGCUGGCCGCUCUCGUGGCGGAGAGGCUGCAGCUCUUCAUGCAGCUCGAGAAGGUGCUGCGCGAAGAGGAAGCCCAGAAACGGGCUCUCGAGAAAGAGGCCAACAAUUAAGAACCCUGCCGUCGUGUGUGGGUGAGGCCUUCUCCUGCCGGCCCUCCUCUGCAAUCUGCUGUUCCACCAGAUCAAGGGCUUCGCCUCAUCAAGCACAGUUGAUGAUGCUGAAUUCUCACCACAUUAAACAAUACUGAGAGUACAG